AUAAAAGACCCGAAAUCAGAUGCAAAGUUUCACAAUUACUUUUGGAUUUGAUGAAUAUCUGCUUAGAUGCUGAGCCUCAAAACCGACCAACCGCUAAAGAGUUAACUAAGGAGUUGCUACAACUUUUAAAAGAUUUGCGAAAUUAUGAAUCCAAAAUAUAUAAGCAAUUUAAAGAAAUUGUAGAUUCAGGCAAAUAUUCAAAUAAAGUCACAUCAAUACGACUUAACUACCAGGCACAAACAAGUUAUUUAUACGAAUCGGCUUUUGAAUUGUAA